AUGUCGGCAGCAAUGGACGUCGACGCACCCUCCACCGCACUCACCAAGGACAAGAAGCCUCGCUUCGAGGUCAAGAAGUGGAACGCUGUCGCUCUCUGGGCUUGGGACAUUGUUGUCGACAACUGCGCUAUUUGCCGCAACCACAUCAUGGACCUGUGUAUCGAGUGCCAGGCCAACCAGGGUGCCGAGAGCGAGGGAUGCACCGUUGCGUGGGGUAUCUGCAACGUAAGAUUAUGCGAAGAGAUAAAAGGGUCUGUCAGCUCAUACUGCAGCAUGCGUUCCACUUCCACUGCAUUUCGCGUUGGCUCAAGACUCGCCAGGUGUGCCCUCUGGACAAGUGCGUAUCCAUUUGGUUUCGGUGUACUAAUCCAUUAG